CACUCAUAAUAAUACACAUUUUUACCGUGAGACUUAUCCUUGAUAUCGUUCGUUGCUUGCUACUGUGGUGCCACCAUAGGUAUUCGUCCCCUCAUCCCCUCCUAGGCUGCAUAUGGAAGCAGCGGGAAACAUCAAUGUAUUGUAUUACAACUGGAAGACCCGAAAACCUAACCUAUGUUAGAGCACAAACAUUGAGUUAGAUCUCAUUCAGCUAUACCCCAUUUCUGAACUAGUUUGACAAACUAGAAUAGCAGCUGAGAUAGCUCAAAACCCGACCUCUCACAAGCUAAGGUGUGAUCCUAUUAACUCCCACGUCCUCUAGGAUGCGAUCCUCAGAAGUUUAAGUUGCCCAUGGAUAAAAUAUUAACAAGUUCAACCAACCGGGGACAUACCUAGCUGCCUAGCCCUACAGCAAUAUCCACCAGGACCGAUCCAUGGUUACAGGAUCUGGAUAGGACAAGGGAACAUUCUAAUUCCGUCUGCACGUCGUAUCAAUGAGGCUCUCAGGUGGGACCGCUCUUUGGAAGUGAAACAAAAGUCAACAAAACAACCAAGAUAUGUACCCUGUUAUAGCCCACUAGUCUAGGAACCCAGACCGGCGGCACAGAGAUCUGAUUGCUAGCUUAUUUCCAAAUCAUGCACUUCCCUUUGCUUUCUGACCCAUCAUGGCGAGCGAACGACCCGACAUACUGGUAGCUAUCGAUCUAGGAACGACUUAUACAGGUGUCGCUUGGGCUAGACCGCAACGCAACCAGGCCUUGCAAAGUCCCAUCCAGAUCAUACACAACUGGCCAGGCAGCUCCACCAAGAACGAGCAGAAAGUCCAGACUUGUCUCGUAUACAACGACGAUGGCAGCUUGUCGUCAUGGGGCUACCUCUGCGAGGACGAGGACCUUCUAGAGAGGAAGAAGCAGGAGUUCUUCAAGAUCUUCCUCGACAGGAAGACGUUGGAGGACGCGCACCGCCAGGCUAUUGGUCAGGCCCCGACGUCCGUCCGCGAUGCGCAGAAGUUGACCUCGGAUUAUAUGCGCGAGGUCUAUGCGCAUGUCAAAUCGACGGUUGAGCUGCACACGGGCAUCAGCCAUGUCGGCUGGCAGGAGUUAGUCGUCGAGUUCAUCUUCAGCGUGCCGACUACCUGGAGAAGCCAGGAGAUCAUUAACAUGUUCAAGGAAUGUAUCGCAAGUGCUGGGUUUGGUCGGGAGGGCCGGUACCACACCGCCACUGUCGAGUUGACGGAGUCGGAGGCGGCGGCCGUUGGGACGAUCAAGAAUUCGACCAUAGCUUUCCAGGCAGGCGAUAUUUUCUUAUCCGUCGAUGCCGGGGGCGGGACAACGGACCUUGCUUUGAUGCAGGUUAUUGAGGCGCGGGAACCGUUUCCGGCUUUAUCUCAGAUGAACCAGGUUGAUGGUAUCGGGAUAGGGUCGACGUUGAUUGACCAGGCAUUCACGUCGAUGAUCAACAGCCGCCUUAGUAAAUUUCCCGAUUUGUUGCCACAUCUUCCGCCUGAUUGUGCCGAGAGACUCGUCAAGAGCGAGAGAUAUCGGACGACGAAGCAUAAGUUCGGAGAACGAGUUUAUCAAUCGACUUGUUAUAAGCUGACGUUAGACGGCGUUCCGUUUAAUCUAAGUCAUAGCCAAGCGCGCAUCGAGAAUGGAAGGAUAGUGAUCUCAUGGGAGGAGAUGCAAUCCCUCUUCGACCCGCAUGUCGAAAAUAUUACCAAGAAGAUCCACGAACAGCUCGACUGGAUGCAGGCCAACGGCGUGAACAGGCCGAUAAGCUACAUGAUCCUAUCCGGCGGACUCGGGAGUUCGAAAUACGUGCGCGACCGCAUCCAGCACGAGAUGAUGACCAGCCUGCACCCAUACGCGCCCCAAGUCAAGGUACUCCAAGCCCCCGACCCGCAACUAGUCGUAGUCAAGGGCCUCCUGUUAGACCGGCUGCAGAAGCUAGACUCGGGGCUCGCUCCGGUCAUAAUAAGCAGGGUAGCGCGAGCGAGCUACGGUAUCGUGUGCAAGACGAAGUACAACCCGGCGAUACACCUCGACGAGGAGAUCAAGACGGAUUCGUAUGAUGGGGAGCAAUAUGCCAUGAGCCAGAUCGAUUGGAUUAUUAGGAAGGGUGACCCCGUAAGCUCAAGCGCCCCUAUCACCACGACAUACACGAAGAAGGUCGACCCGAAGGACCCGAAUCGCACGUGGGAGUCUGUCGUCAUGAUAUCGGAUCUCGAGCCUCACUUGUUGCCGCAUAGUAUGAGUCAAAAAGGCGCGAAACAACUCUGCGUAGUGAAAAGCGACCUCACAGGCGUAGGCCACAGCGACAUGAUCAUGAAGCGCAAGUCGAAGCGGUUUAUCUUCCAGGGCAAGAAAUUCUACCUCUGUACUUUCGAGGUCAGGGCUAUCGUCGCGCCCGCGGAGCUGAGGUUCGAGUUGUGGUUUUCGGGCCAGAAGUUCUCGGGGAAUCAUGAGCCUAUUAGGAUCGCUUGGGAUGCUGAGGGAGCGAAGGUCGGUGGGGUGUGAUGGUCGAUGCAGUACCUUGGUUUGGUAUUGUUGUCUAGGUUAGUAUUGGCGAUCUAUGAUUUGGUCGUGCGGAUUUAGGUAUGUCGGUGGCACGUAUGGUUCGAAGGACGACUACCCUGCUUAGACCUUAUGAUGCAGCAGAGUUUGACCGGUUGAUCGUCCGAAGUGAUGCUUACGUGCGGGGAAGUAGAUGCCAUCUCGAAAUUGGAUAAGAUGGGCUGGUGGAAUAUGGAUAUCUCGGCGCUUCUAGUUUAGGUAGGUAUAUAGGAUAACAUUCCCCAUAAGUGAUUGAACGAAGAUUGAAAGGCAACUAGAGUAUUACUAGUGCCAAAGAGAA